CGCCUUCUGCCCGCCCCAGCGCCCGUGGAGCUGGAGCCGGCGGUCGGGCCUUGCAGUCCCGGUAGGCAGGUUGGGGUCCUGCUCCGACGCUCCGCCGGGAAUACGCCCGAAACUGGCCCCCGGCAGCGGCCGCCGGAGGGAUUGGUGUGGGCCAGCGCCCCCAGGAACGGCGGGAAUGUGACUGCUCUGCGCUGUGGCCGGAGCUCCCUCUCUCUGCUCCCAGGGUCCCGGCAGGGCCGGCUUCCACCCCGCACGCCCCACGGGCUCGCCACGUGUGUGGAUGCUUGGGCUGAGCCAAACUAGAAACUCAUGAGAUCACCAGAUGCUUUAUGUUGACUGACUGUAGGACGGCCACAGUUGCAGUGUGGAAUAGAUGGUCCUGGUGGAAAAUCCAGAUACCACUGAAUGAUGAAUGACUCUUGGUCAAAGUCUCAAUGGUAUUCAAAGGCCAGUGUCUCCAUUUUCACAGUGCAUUGUUGGAAAGGUAGAUGUGCUCUUUAAGGAUGGCUCUCUUCUGAGCAGCAGGACCACUUUCUACAAGUAAGGCCUUCUUGGAGAUAACAGGGUUGGUUCACCUCAGGUGCCCACCAUCAACUGAAGUCCUGCAGCCUCAGUUUUAGGUGGUCCCAGAAUACCUCCCAUUGAAUACAAAGAGAAUAUGAAAGUGUUACUCAGACUUGUUUGUUUCAUAGCUCUACUCAUUCCUUCUCUGGAGGCUGGUAAAUGUGAGAAACGUAAAGAUAAAAUAAUUUUAGUUUCUUCUGCAUAUGACAUAGAUGUCCGUUCAUGUCCUCUUAACCCAAAUGAAAACAAAGGAACUAUAAAUUGGUAUAAAAAUGACAGCAAGACAUCUAUAUCUACAGAAAGAGACUCCAGGAUUCAUCAGCACAAAGAUAAACUUUGGUUUGUUCCAGCUAAGGUAGAGGAUUCAGGACAUUACUAUUGUGCGGUAAGAAAUUCAACUUACUGCCUCAAGAUUAAAAUAACUGCAAAGUUUGUACAACGUGAACCUAACUUGUGUUACAGUACACAAGCUAUAUUUACACAGAAACUGCCUAUUGCAGGAGAUGGACAACUUGUGUGUCCUUAUUUGGAUUAUUUUAAAGAUGAAAACAAUGAGUUACCAAAAAUACAGUGGUAUAAGGAUUGCAAACCUCUACUUCUUGACAAUAUGAAUUUUAUUGGUGAAUCAAGUAAGCUCAUUAUCAUGAAUGUGACUGAAGCGCAUAAAGGGAACUAUACUUGUUUUGCAUCCUACACAUAUUUGGGAAAGCAAUAUAGCAUCUCCCGGGUUAUAGAACUUCUAACUCUAGAGGAAAAUAGGCCCAUGAGGCCUGUGAUUGUGAGUCCAGUUAAUGAGACGAUGGAAGUGGUCUUGGGAUCCCAGCUACAAUUGAUAUGCAAUGUCACUGUCCAGUUCGGUGACAUUGUCUAUUGGAAGUGGAAUGGGUCAAUGAUUGAUGAUGAUCCAGUGCUCGUGGAAGACUAUAGACUAGUGGAAAAUCCUUCAUCCAAAAAAAGGAAUACAUUCAUUAUAAUGCUUAAUAUUUCAGAAGUGAAAAGUAAAUUUUAUCUAUAUCCAUUUACCUGUGUAGCCAGGAAUACAUAUGGUAUAAAUGCAGCAUAUAUCCAAUUAAUACAUCCAGUUCCCAAUUUCCAGAAGCACAUUAUUAGUAUAUUUGUCAUAUUAACAGUAGUAAUUACAAGCUCUGUUUUCAUCUAUAAAAUCUUCAAGAUUGACAUAGUACUUUGGUACAGGGAUUCUUGCUAUGAUUUUCUCCCCAAAAAAGCUUCAGAUGGAAAGACCUAUGAUGCAUACAUACUAUAUCCAAAGACCCUUGAGGAAGGGUCCACCUCUAACUCAGACAUUUUUGUAUUUAAAGUCUUGCCUGAGGUUUUAGAAAAACAGUGUGGAUAUAAGCUGUUCAUUUAUGGAAGGGAUGACUACGUUGGGGAAGACUUUGUUGAAGUCACUAACGAAAACAUAAAGAAAAGCAGAAGGCUGAUUAUUAUUUUGGUCCAAGAAACAUCGGGAUUCAGCUGGCUGGGGAGUUCAUCUGAAGAGCAAAUAGUGAUGUACAAUGCUCUCAUUCAGGAUGGAAUUAAAGUUGUCUUGCUGGAGUUGGAGAAAAUCCAGGACUAUGAGAAAAUGCCAGAAUCCAUUAAAUUCAUUAAGCGGAAGCAUGGGGCCAUAUGCUGGUCAGGGGACUUUACAGAGGAAACAUCACAGUCUGCAAAGACCAGGUUCUGGAAGAAUGUCAGGUACCACAUGCCAGCUCAGCACCAGCCCCCUUCAUCCAAGCCCCAGUUGCUAUUCUCUGCCACCAGGCCAGAUUCCAAGGAGAAACUGCAAAGGGAGGUGCACAUGCCUUUUGGGUAGCAGUGAGGACCUUGGCUAAGAGUUCCUUGGGUGACUCCUGUCUUAGGAUGUCGUACCUUGGGCCAUGCCUCCACUGACUUGUACAGUCAAAAAAUGCACCUGUGUAAUCACUUAUCCCCAAGGUCACCUGGAAUCUGAUUGGUAAGGGAACAGGACAUGGUGACAAUAGCAGGCCAGGGCAAUUCAGGCCACAGGGCUUGGGAAGGCCUUUAAAAAGGCAACAAAUGCCUUCUGUGAACAUUUGAACUUCUGAGAAAAGGCACUGGGAGAGCAAACAAGAGGAAAGUACAUUGAGAAAAUAUAUUGUCUAGAGACAGUUUUAUGAAGUCAUUUACAGUCCAAGGGUGGGACUGUGGCCCAGUCUGGGGAUUACAGGAUCCCUUGAGUGGCAAGUGAAGUCCCAAAAUGACUGAUCUUCUUAGGAAAAUGUAGAAGUGGUCUUGGAGAACUUUCCACUUGCCUUGUAUUUUUCAUACACAUCUACAGCCAGCAGUUAGUUUCCAAAGACUGAAUCUCAUUUAUAGACCUUUAAAAUAGUCAUUUCAGUGAACAAAGGGAUUCUCUCCAGGAUUCUAAGAUUUUGAAAUAACCUUAGCUUUCCACUGUAGAGAGAAUUUCAAAAAUAAGAGUAGCAUAGAACUGAUCCCCUUUAACACAUUUCCCUCUGGAAUGACCAUUCUGUUGUACCUUAUUUCUCUGCCUUUCAUUUGACUCAUUAUAUCUUGGGAAGGACAGCUGUCAAGUCACUUCCUCUCUCCACUGUGUCAUACACAUGGCCCACAGAUUAACUGUCCUGUGUGGAACACUGCUCCCAUAUCAUCCCACUCUUGCUAAAGAUGACUCUACCUCCACAGGGCUCUCCUGGCUCAGGAACUAAAGCCCAAGUUCUCUCAUUAAUGUUUCACUGACGCUCCCAAACCUGCAGUCUGUCCACACAGUGAUCUCCUCUCUGACCUGCUAUGUGAAUUCCCAGGUCAGUCCAUGUGCCUUUGAACCUUCCCCCAGUGCUCCUCUAUCUCUGCCUCCUUCUGUCUUCUCUGAGAAGAAUGCCGUCUGGACUUUUCUCUAGCUUGCCAUAAUUCAAACUUAUUCCAACUCUGUUUUUCCAAAAGACGCCUCUCAGUCAGUCUGAUGGUAGUUACACUUGGCUGUUACUAUGUGAGAAGUCGCUCUGUCUCCUGCUGAAGCCCUGCUCCCUGAAGCCUUGCUGUGCACAGUGCCUUCACAAAUGAUUUGCACAUACGACAUAAAUUUGUCUAGUACUUUGUCUAAAAAUGUCUACAGAUUACCUUCAUAUUUGCAAUAAUCUUGACUUUAUAGUGAGUAGGGGACAUGUGGGAAAACAAUUACACUCUGUCCUGGGCUUGUACCUCCAGUGCUGGCUUCUGGAUGGUGUUUAGAAGAUGUGAUUUCAGGCCCAUAUAUUUCCCUUUCUCCUCGAUCCCAGCACUCUGGUUGGAAGAAAUGAUAGUUUUCUAGGCUAGAGGCUGAGUCAAGGCAUGCUUCUAAUUUAAAAAAAAAUUUUCAAACUUUUGAAUGAUGGAAUUUAUAAAAAUUAUGUUAAAUUUUAUACAAAAUUUUCUUUUGUAUAUUCUUUCCCUAAACAUAAAUGUGUCUUGUUAAAUUAAGUAAAAAUGAGAGCAAGUUGGAUUUUUCUGAUAUAGAAAAAUAUUUUUAAAAACUUGAUAAUAGUCCUUAGGGUAAUUAGAGAAAAACCCUGGAAAACUGAAAUGUUAUAUGUAUGUGCCAUUUACUGCAAUCGUAUGAACAUGGAUGGGCUGGGUUUUUUUUUUUUUUGUAUUUUUAACAUUUAUUAUUAUAGUUGAAUACAAACUUUUAUUUGGCCAUAUUUUUUCCCCUCAAAAGUAGUAAGAACUAGAGAGAAACAAUUUAAUACCUUGGCUCUCCUCUUCCCACCUCUUUUCUCUUGGAUUCCCUCCACCAGUCUCAGUGACAGUUCUGUUCCAAAGUUUAUGUUUUUAAAGAAAGUGCCUUCUUUUCAUCCGGCAGCACACAAACCCUGCAGCUUUGUGGGUGUCUCCUCCAAUAAAAGCUAAUCAGAAGCUUUAAGUUAUGCUGAGCAUUUUAGUAGGUCAUCUGUAAAAUAUAUUUGCAUGUGUAGUUCCAAGAAAAGCAGUUUUGAAACUGAUAAUUAGCGGCAAAAUUGGCCAGAAAGUAAGGGUAAUGGAAAGUAACCAGGAAUGAGCAGUGGCGUUGCCAGCAUUGUACCUGGAAUAUUGAGAGGGACAAGAAUUAAGGGAUAUGCCUGGGCAGAGGAGGGGCCUUAGUAGCAAGGUGGGAUGUCACACUGUCACUCCUGUUCCCUGGGGAGGAUUCCAGAGGAAGGAAGUAGCUACACUCCUGGGAACUUCCUUUGUUUUAUUGUUUUCCCCAAAAACCUCUUUUAAGCUCUUUUUUUCAGGACUCCCCUGUUAAUUAGAUUUUACUGCAUUUUCUGAUUAUAUAUAUAUAUAUAUAUAUAUAUAUAUAUAUAUAUAUAUUUGUCAGUCUUGAGUGUUUAAGAAGUUUGCACAUACACUACAGUGUUUCAUUACAAGUUGUUAACAACACUGGCUUAGCAGAAUUUAUAUAUUCAUUCUCCUGACUCUAUUUUAUUUACGAUUAAAGGAAAAGUAUUGAGCCAAUUUUUAAAAGGACAUUUUUGGUUAAUUAUAUUGUACUGGUUAAUGAAGAAGGGCUUUUUACAAACUUGUGUAUAAUUCUGCAGUAGAUACCAAAUAUUUUUAUGUAGUAAAAUAUCAAUUGAUGUACAGCAUAUAUCAUUGAUCAAUGGACUAUCCUUGUUUUCUAAUAAAAUUGUGAAGACCUGGUAUUAA